AUGAGCGAUGACCUGCCAAUCGAUAUUCAUAGCAGCAAGCUUCUCGGUAAGCAUUUUGCUGUACGGACUUGAAAACAUUAUUUUUUCAGAUUGGCUGGUUAGUCGACGUCAUUGCAACAAAGAUUGGCAGAAAAAUGUGCUGAAGAUUCGUGAAAAAAUUAAACACGCCAUUCUCGAUAUGCCGGAAUCUAAAGAAAUUAUCCAGUUGCUUCAGGGAGCAUGUAAGAUCGAAAUUGCUUUUGAAAAUCAAUAUAUAUAUAUAGCGAUUUCCAGACAUAAAUUAUUUUCACUGUCUUCAAAUCAUCGAUAUUUUGCGUGACACAGAGAAGGACACAAAAAACUUUCUGGGUUUCUAUUCAUCGCAAAGAAUGAAAGAUUGGCAAGAGAUUGAAGGACUAUACAAAAAAGAAAACGUCUACCUGGCUGAAGCCGCCCAAACUCUUCAGAGAUUGGCACAAUAUGAAAUUCCAGCUUUGAAAAGGCAGAUUUCUAAAAAUGAUCAGGCCGUUUCGGUAAGCCUUUCUCACUCUUCCCAUGUAAUAAGCACAUCCUUUUCAGGAUGCUGUCAAAAAAUUUACUGACUAUGGGAAACAAGCAGAGGAAAGUAGAAAGCAAUUCGAAAAGGAAAUAAAUCGAAUGGGAAUCAAAGGAGUGACUCUUCGAGCCGAACUAUUAGAGUUGGUCGCCGAUCUUCCGUCAUUCUUCGAGAAAGUCGCCAAAGAUUGUCAAAUGCUGACACCGGCAAGAGAUUUAUAUUCAUCAUUCAGAAAUUACAUGCACCAGUAAGAUAUUUCGAAUUUCACCCCCCCCCCCCCAAUUACGAUUUUUCCAGAGAUUCUGCUUAUUCAACUGCCGUUCUCCCAAUUCUUCGUCUCAUCAGUGAUCGCGGUGUGGACGUUACCACAUAUGAAUGGAAAUACGGAGAAAAACCGAAUCAUGUUGACAAACCAAACUUUGAUCUUCUUCUCAAAGCCGAUUCAAAGGUACAAGAAGACGAUGAAAAAAUUGAUUUUGGAGAUAUAAUUGAUUUUGGCGAUAACUCCUACUCCAUCGAAAAUGCGGAAAAUGCCAUCCAAAUUGAUGUAGUGGCCGAUGACACUGGUGCUGUCGGGGAUAAAGUGGCAAGUGGGCAGGAUGCUCUGAACCUUUUCGAAAACUCAGAAGCUCAAAAAGGAUUGAAACUCGAACUGAACGAGCUGCUAGUGUUUCUGAAAACACGACUUGAAGAUGAAACGAGUGAAACAAAUGCCGACGUUCUGAUUCGUGGCGCCGAGAAAAGACCGGAAAUCAUUUCAAGCGUGAACGAGAAGGACAUGAAGAACUGGAUCGAAGUGAUUGAAAAGAUCCUCUCGGAGUUCAAUAAUUCGCAGAAAGUCCAUCUCUUCAAAAUUAGAGGGUGUCCACAGUAAGUAGUUCAGUUUCCAAAACUCAACUAAAGAUUCAAUGUAUUAACAGAUACGUAGAACAUGUUGUCGAAGAAUUGGAGAAGAAACGUGACCUCAACACCCGAUACAAGAGGCUUCAAAAUCUGAUGACUGAAAAGCAAGACGCCGCCCGUCUCGCCGUCUCGAAAUCCACGGACGAAUUAAAGAUUAUCGUGGAGAGCACUCGUGUCCUUCAAAAACAAGUAGAGAAUGAAAUUUCUGCGAAGUAUAACGGAAGACGAGUCAACUUGAUGGGUGGAAUCAAUCAAGCUCUAGUCGGCGUUUAG